GAUUGGCACGGAGUUCAGAUUGCGGAUGAAAAAACAAGUUCCGAGUUUUGCUUUGGACAUUUUAGCAAGUGAUUUAGGUACCACCAAGUCUUGUAACAUUAAAAAUUUUUAAUUAGUGUAUCAAAAUGGCAAAUAUAGCAGCAAAACGUAUAAAAAGAGAAUUUAAAGAAGUAAUGAAAAGUGAGGAGGUUGUGGAUGGUUCCAUAAAAUUAGAAUUACUAAACGAAAGCUGGACAGAGCUGCAGGGCGAGAUAGCAGGUCCACCAGAGACACCGUACGAGGGUGGCACAUUCUUACUUGAAAUUAAAAUCCCAGAUACAUACCCGUUUAAUCCACCCAAGAUCCGCUUCAUGACAAAGAUUUGGCACCCGAAUGUGUCAUCCGUCACGGGGGCAAUUUGCUUAGACAUUCUGAAAGAUCAGUGGGCGGCAGCUCUCACCUUGCGCACAGUCCUCCUGUCUAUACAAGCUCUGCUCGCCGCAGCUGAGCCCGAGGACCCCCAGGAUGCCGUGGUAGCGAAGCAAUACCGUAACAGUCCACAUCUUUUCACCAUGACAGCGAGGCAUUGGGCCAACGUGUACGCUGGAGCCCCAACCGUCAUGACGGAGUGCAAUCACAAAGUGCAGCUGCUCGUGGAUAUGGGCAUCGAUGAAAACAGAGCACGAGUCGCACUAUCCAGCUACGACUGGGAGCUCGAGAGAGCCACGGAACAAUUGUUUAGUUAGGUAUCAAAUUUUAAAAGUUGGGUGACCUGUUGGUUUGAUUAUAAGAUAACAGUAAGUUAUAGUUGGCAAGUUACAAAUGUGGAACGUUCAAGUAUUACGUCAAGUGGUUUAGGGACAUUAGCAUCGUUAUUUUGCCUUACUUACGAGGUUUAAAUAUCGUUUUUACGAAAGGUUGCAACCAUCCUGUUUUCCCACGACGUUACGUCUUAGUUUUUGUAGCAUCUUGAGACAAUGGACAUCCUGAUAAAAUUUCGAGCAGCGUCUUGUUACAUAAUUACCUUAAUAGUAAAAAAAAUUGUUACAAAAAGUUCUUGUUUUUUUAUUAGGAUAUCAAUCUUAUAUGUAGUUUUAAAGGUAUUAUUUUAUAGAAAUUGUCUUAAAAUUUUCGAUGUGUACUAAUUUUACAAUAUAUUUCUAGAUGAAUUAGUCCUAGUUUUUAAAACUUCAAACCUGUUUUUCAUUUGAGGUUGGCAACCCUAUGUUAGGGUAAUACUUCUGAGAAGAACGAACAUAUUUUGAACUUGUUAACUAGUCUACUGAGAAAUAUUUGAUUGUUGGCAAUGCAAGGUGUCUUAAGCCCUAGGCAACAUGGCAAAUCAAGUAAUAAAGUUGAUAAUAGUUUUUAAAGUCCUGAAUUGUAACUUGUUUUAUUUUUUUAAAUUGUUCUGUUUUGUAGAAGUUGAACUUGCUUAGACUUAAGUUUAAUUUCAAAGUCAUGUUCACAGAGAUUUUAAUACCUGAUCAUGCAGCUAGUAUGCUAUCAUAGUAAUGAACCAUUCAAUGUAUUUCCUAAACUAUUGUUGUGAAUAGCUAAAACUGUAAUAAAAUGUUCUAAGUCA